AAUCACAUUCAACAAUGGAGAACCCUCCUAAUGAAACCGAGGCUAAGCAAAUCCAACCCAAUGAAGGCAAAAAAACAAAGGGUGGAAUCAUCACUAUGCCUUUUAUCAUAGCAAACGAGGCGUUCGAGAAAGUGGCGAGUUAUGGAUUAUUACCAAACAUGAUUAUGUACUUAAUCAGAGAUUACAGAUUUGGAGUAGCAAAAGGAACAAAUGUGCUCUUCAUGUGGUCUGCCGCAUCAAAUUUCACUCCUCUCUUGGGUGCUUUUCUCUCUGAUUCCUAUCUUGGUCGUUUCCUCACCAUCUCCAUUGCUUCUCUCUCCAGUUUCUUGGGAAUGGUGCUUUUAUGGCUAACUGCAAUGUUACCACAAGUGAAGCCAUCGCCUUGCGAUCCCACAGCAGCUGGAAGUCACUGUGGGUCUUCGACAGCGUCUCAGCUGGCUCUUUUGUAUUCCGCAUUUGCUCUUAUAUCGAUCGGGUCUGGCGGGAUAAGACCGUGUUCCUUAGCCUUUGGAGCUGAUCAAUUAGACAACAAGGAGAACCCAAAGAACGAAAGAAUUCUCGAGAGUUUCUUUGGUUGGUACUACGCUUCUUCAGCUGUGGCGGUACUCAUCGCGUUUACGGGUAUUGUAUACAUUCAGGAGCAUCUCGGAUGGAAAAUCGGAUUUGGAAUACCUGCGGUCCUCAUGUUGAUCGCUGCUUUGCUAUUCAUUCUCGCGUCUCCUCUCUAUGUUACACGUAGUGUGACCAAGAGUCUCUUCACCGGUUUAGCUCAAGCGGUUGUUGCAGCUUACAAGAAGAGGAAGCUUAGUCUAGCAGAUCAUCAAGACUCCUUUGAUUGUUAUUAUCACAUGAAAGAUUCUGAAAUCAAAGCACCAAGUCAAAAGUUGAGGUUUUUGAAUAAAGCUUGUCUAAUAAGUAACCGUGAGGAGGAGAUUGGGUCAGAUGGGUUUGCUUUGAAUCCAUGGAGGCUAUGCACAACAGACAAAGUAGAGGAGCUUAAGGCAUUGAUCAAAGUCAUACCGAUAUGGUCCACAGGUAUAAUGAUGUCCAUAAACACUAGCCAAAGCUCGUUUCAGUUGCUGCAAGCGACUUCUAUGGACAGGCGUCUGAGCCGCCAUGGUUCAAGCUUUCAAGUUCCAGCUGGAUCAUUCGGUAUGUUCACAAUCAUAGCUCUAGCCCUGUGGGUCGUUCUAUAUGACCGUGCGGUUAUCCCACUAGCUUCGAAGAUUCGAGGUAGACCUUUUAGACUCAGCGUUAAGCUAAGAAUGGGAUUAGGGUUAUUCAUGUCAUUUUUGGCAAUGGCGAUUUCCGCAAUGGUUGAAAGCUUUAGAAGGAAAAAAGCUAUAAGCCAAGGGUAUGAAAACAAUGCCAAUGCUGUGGUAGGCAUCUCAGCGAUGUGGCUUGUGCCACAAUAUGUGCUACAUGGAUUAGCAGAGGCUCUUACCGCAAUAGGACAGACUGAGUUUUUCUACACCGAGUUUCCUAAAAGCAUGUCUAGCAUCGCAGCUUCUCUCUUCGGUCUAGGAAUGGCUGUGGCUAGUCUAUUGGCAAGUGUGGUCCUCAAUGCGGUCAAUGAGCUAACCUCAAGAAAUGGUAAAGAGAGUUGGGUUUCGGACAACAUUAACAAGGGUCAUUACAACUAUUACUAUUGGGUACUCGCGAUAAUGAGCUUCAUCAAUGUGAUCUACUACGUGAUAUGUAGCUGGUCGUAUGGUCCUUUGGUCGACCAGGUAAGGAAUGGUAGGGUUAAUGGUGUGAGAGAGGAAGAGGAGCUGCUUGACAUUGUUGGGAAAGGCUUCGAGAAGGAAGAUCUAAGUCCAGUUAUUAAAACCAAUUAAGGAAUUAUAGGUCUUGCAAGCUUUUAUUUUGUCUAUAAAGGGAGCGAAAAACUAUAGGAAAUGAUAUUUUAUUGCAUUGGUGUGUGGUGUUAUUAAGUGUUAAUUAAAGUCUAUAAAGAUUUGUAAUUAGAUUGAAUUAUGUAUUUGGGUUUUAAUUAGGGUUUUUGAUAAAAAGUUCAAUGGCUUUUUUGGUUGUGUACAAGCCAAGUGUUUGUUGUAUCUUUUGUGUUAUUGCAAUUCAUGGAGUCUUCUGUGUAUAUUGUUGGUUUGUCUUCUUCGUAUAUAUAAAUAUGUAAAUUUACAAUCAAUAAUAUUCAUGAUU